CUUCCGGCAGCUUCACCGCUGUGAGUGGGGAAAAAGAUGCACCUCUGGGCUGAAAAGACAACAAAUAUCGUCUAUUUAUAUCGACGUUGAUUGUUAAAAAUGUAACAGAGUGUUAUUCUUCUGUGAAUGUCGGAGAACAAUAUUUUUAACAGAGAGAAACGGCGUGUAAGUCGCAGUGGAUUUGUUAGCCUUCUGCUAACAACUCACCAUUGCAAGAAACAGCCAGCCACCACACAAUGCAACCAACAGCAGAGCCCCAAGGCAACUCCUCGUCUAACCGGGGGCUCCAGUAGCCCACCCAUGCCUGUGAUCCCCAUCCCUCGGCGGGUGCGCAGCUUCCAUGGCCCCCACACCACCUGCAUGCAUUCGGCCUGCGGCUCCACGCACGCCACCAAGCUGGUGCGCACCAAGUACAACAACUUCGACCUCUACCUGCGCUCGCGCUGCAUUUACAGCUUCCUGCGCUUCCUACUCUACUUCGGCUGCAGUCUGCUGACCUCCCUCCUGUGGGUGGCGCUAUCUGGGCUGUUCUUCGUGCAGUACGUGAGCGUGCGCGUGCUCCUGCGCUUGCAGUACAAGCUGUCUGUCAUUCUCAUCUUGCUUGGACACAGGCGCUUGGACUUUGGGGUGGUGAACGACCUGAUCAUCUACUGCAUGCAGAUCACAAUGUUCAUGGUGGGGGGGCUCGGCUGGUGUUUCAUGGUGUUUGUCGACAUGUAGCUGUGUCUCGAGCUGAUGCUUUUUGGACAUUACCUUAAGUAACAUUAAAAACAUGUAUGCACUGUUUUGUUUUGUUUUUGUUAGUUUGUUUUGCAUGCGGAAAUCAAUGUGAUCUCAGAGGACUAAAAUGUUCAUUUCAUGCCAUAUGUAUGGUAACUUCAGGUGCAGCUCGGAAUUCUUUGGUUUGUCAUUCUGUAUUGAAAAGCGCUGUUGUGUGACUGUUUAUUAAGCCAGGGUUUUCUGAAUCUAGACCUAAAAUGUACAUCAGGCUUUUCAACUGGUGGCCUGCAGGCCAGACAUCAAACAGGGACUCCAGUUCAGUUCAAAACUUGCCAGCAAAAUUUUUGCAGCAGAUUCCAGCGGAGCACGACUGUCAUUUUGGAUCUUUGACGAGUGCGGUAGGUGCUUAAAGACAGCAGCGCGCUCUUGUCCUAUAGAGGUGCUUUGACUGCUGUUUUUACAGUCGAUCCUUAAAACAGCAGAGCACUCCUGUUACGCGGAGGAUCUUUGACUAGUGAUUUUGCAGCGGGUCCUUAAAAGCAGGUCUCAUGUAGAAGAUCUUUGCCUUUCCUUGAUGUAGCCAGAAUAAUUUAAUUCACUAGUCCUGAUGUGCACUAUACUUUAUGUUGACACCAAUACCUGAUGUAUUUGAAUGCAUCUGGGUAUUGGAGAGUCACCAUAUUUUUUGGAUGAAAAUGUUUAGGAAACCCUGGUUUAGGUGUUGUGCAUCAGUGAAUGAAAGGGAUAAUUGAUUUUAUGUACACUAAAACCCGAUUCUUUAUUGGAAUAAAAUGUGUCCUUGUCUGUA